UUUUCAUUUGGCUCGUCUUUCACUCCGCUGACCCGACAAAACAAUUCGUCCUCCGACUCCUCCUCCAUCAGUCAACAUUCCAAAACUCAACCUAGUCUUCAUCGUAUAUGCUUCUCUUCUCUUCUCUUCAUCAUCAGCCAACCCCCAUUCAGAUGGUGUCUAAGCUUUCAUUCAUGCCACCAUGUUUCCAUUCAAAUUAGGGCUUUUCGCGGUCAUCAUCUCCAUCUUCUUCCGUGUCCCAGUCGAAUCCAAGUGUUCCAAAGGCUGUGACUUAGCCCUAGCUUCGUACUACGUAUGGCCCGAAUCGAACCUCACCUUCAUCUCCAAAGUGAUGAGCGUUCAAAUCAGUGAUAUUCUCAGCUACAAUCCUCAAAUUCCAAACCAAGACAGUGUUCAAUCCGAUAUACGAAUCAACAUUCCCUUUCCCUGCGAUUGCAUCAACGGCGAUUUCUUCGCUCACGUGUUCAAGUACACGUUUAGGGUUGAUGAUAUAUACGAGAAGGUCGCUGGCAAGUACUAUGCCAACCUGACCACGACGGAGUGGGUUCAGAAAUUCAAUAGCUAUGAUCCGAAUUGGAUUCCCGACGGUGCGCAGAUCAAUGUCACUGUGAAUUGUUCAUGCGGCGACAGUUCGGUUUCGAAGGUUUACGGGUUGUUCAUGACGUACCCUCUUCGGCCGGAGGAUAGUUUGGAUUCUAUUGCUACUGAGACGAAUUUGACUACAGCUGUGUUGAAAAGUUACAACCCGGAUGCGAAUUUUAGUGCGGGGAGUGGUCUGGUUUACAUUCCGGCCAAAGCCCUUUAAAACAUAUGCGACUGUAAUCGGGUGCACCCAAUAAUCAUUUCCGCCGGGGCGGCGAUUUUCAGUUGGCUGGUCUUACACUCCGCUGACGCGACUCCUCCUCCAUCAGUCAACAUUCCAAAACUCAGCCGUCUUCAUCGUAUAUGCUUCUCUUCUCUUCAUCAUCAACCGACCCCAAUUCAGAUGGUUUCUAUGCUUUCACUCAUGCCACCAUGUUUCCAUCCAAAUUAGGGCUUUUCGCGAUCAUCAUCUCCAUCUUCUUCUGUGCCACAGUCGAAUCCACGUGUUCCAAAGGCUGUGACUUAGCCCUAGCUUCGUACUACGUAUGGCCCGAAUCGAACCUUACCUUCAUCUCCGAAGUGAUGAGCCAUCCAAUCAGUGAUAUUCUCAGCUACAAUCCUCAAAUUCCAAACCAAGACAGUGUUAAAUCCGGUAUACGAAUCAUCAUUCCCUUCCCCUGCGAUUGCAUCAAUGGAGAUUUCUUUGCUCAUGUGUUCAAGUACAGGAUGAGGGUUGCUGACACAUACGGGAAGGUCGCUGGUACGUACUAUGCCAACCUGACCACGACGGAGUGGGUUCGGAAAUUCAAUAGCUAUGAUCCGAAUCGGAUUCCCGACGGUGUGCAGAUCAAUGUGACGGUGAAUUGUUCGUGCGGCGACAGUUUGGUUUCGAAGGAUUACGGGUUGUUCAUGACGUACCCUCUUCGGCCGGAGGAUAGUUUGGAUUCUAUUGCUACUGAGACGAAUUUGACUACAGCUGUGUUGAAAAGUUACAACCCGGAUGCGAAUUUUAGUGCGGGGAGUGGUCUGGUUUACUUUCCGGCCAAAG